UCCAUUCACUUACUCUAUAGGCUUGGCUUGUUUGUUGCUGGGGGUUACCCUUGUCGCUGAGCACAAUGUCGGAGCACAUGCAGCUCUCCCUUGCCUUGUGCAGGAUUGGGCUUUACACGUGUUUCCGGGCACUGUGCUGUAAAGGACCCCCACCACCAAGACCAGAGUAUGAUGUGGUGUGCAUUGGCCUGACAGGUGCUGGAAAGACCAGCCUGCUCUCACGCCUCUGUAGUGAGGGCAGCGACGGCAUCGUACCUACAACAGGUUUCAGCAUCAAAGCAGUGCCAUUUCCAAAUGCCAUCUUGAAUGUAAAAGAACUUGGAGGAGCCGACAACAUCAAGAAAUAUUGGAGUCGUUACUACCAAGGGUCACAGGGUGUAGUCUUCGUAUUGGACAGUGCCUCAUCAGAUGAGGACCUUGAGGCAGCACGUAACGAGCUCCACUCGGCCCUGCAGCACCCGCAGCUCUGCACACUGCCUUUCCUCAUCCUUGCCAACCACCAGGACAAGCCUGCUGCAAGGACGCCAAACCAGCCUUUCUCAUCCUGUCAUCCCUGGGCUGGUGGGCCAUCCCUUUGGGAGGUUAAGGGGCACCGUGGGUGAGAGGGCAGUCGGCAGAUUGUGCGGGCACCGUGCUCGCCUUUUCCCACAGCCCGCGUCAAAUGCUGCUGAACCCUGACCCCAAUGGGUCCUCACUCUCAAAAUCAGUGUGGAACGCAAUUCAGCCAGCCAGACCCUAUUCAGGACCCGACUUUCCAUUGGAGGAGAAAAGAAUCCCCCCCAUCCCAAUUGUGGUCAGUGCCCUCCCUUUGUCUGCUGGUCAAGCAGGGUCGGACGACUGGCCGCCACUAGCCAGGACAAGACUUCCGAAAAGCCUAUUCAGCAUGUGAUUUGACCCCCAGGUUCCAUUGCUGACUCACAGGGAUCAAACACUGUGAAUCUUGGGGGGUUUUCUUUCAUGGAGUUUUUCAUCCAUUGAAACUUACCCUUUUGACAAAACUCAAAAUGACUAAUGAUUUUUUUCUAAAAGUUUCCUUGAUGGCAUAGCAGUGUUUUACAAAUGUGGGAGUCCUGGAAAAGUUUCAUCCAGGCUGUACAGAAGUGACUCUGGAAGACUUCUGUUUCUGUUGACUUUGUUCUUCUUAAAUACCCCUCUGUCAUUGAGUUGAUGCAUAAUUAACUGAAAAAGAAGGAGCACAUGGGACAGCUUUCAUCCUUGACAGUUUUGAUAUGUAAAUGUUUGUCAAUGCUGGGAUUGCUUUUGCUUGGGCUGGGCCACAGCAUUGGCUGUACACUCCUGAUUUCCUGGUAGUGAUUAAAACCAGUAAGAAGCAGUUCUGUAACAGAGGGAAUCAGUAGUGCAUAAAAAUAAACACAUUUCCUGAAGUACAUCACAUCUCAUUGAUGCUGAGCCCAGGGAGCACUAUAACAAUGCAUAAAUACAGAGACCCCACUGACAUGUGGAUUUAACAAAUUUCAGUUUCGUAGAGUGAUGUACAUGAUUUAAAAAAAGAGGCAGACUUGAAACAGAUGGAAAGGGUACUGUGAAAUGUGUGUUUUGAACAAACAAGCCGUGGUUUCAUUAUAUCCUUUAUUUUAUGAUUAGUUUCUUUGUUUUCUGAUUAGUCUUUUAUCCCAUUUGUCUGCUCUGUUGCCAUCUACUGUAACAAACUUCUCUGUGAUUCAUUUACAGAACACACACAAACAUACACAUCCACAGACACACAAAGAAACAAUAUGAAGAUGUGGUCAUGAUUACGAAUAGGAGAAGGUAUGCAAGGUAGAAAAGGUAAGAAAACCCAGGAACCUUGAAUAUUAAAUAUGAUGGUCCCAUGGCAUAUGAGAGUGUGUGUGUGUGUCUGUUAGUCUAGUCUAUAUGAGACAGGGUCAGUGUGUGUGUGUGUGUGUGUGUGUGUGUGUGUGUGUGUGUGUGUGCAGACUCUAACUUGACGCAUGGUUUAAAUCUUUUGCAGAAGGGGAACACUUUGAUUGUAAUGCUGCGUGCUGUGUGCUAAAGCUGGGGCCUGCUGCAGCUUUAAAGCUGGUCAACUGUCAGGACUGGAGCAUGAAAGGGGGGCCCCAGAGUGAAAGGGGUGGAGGGUCCCACUAGGGGGGUCCUGGAGGAGGAGGGGUGGCUUGUAACGGACCUCCUGGGCUUUGAGGGCCCUCUGUGUGGGCUGCUACAGCAUGGCGGCCCUCUUCACAAGAAGAAGAGAGGGAGGGCGGGCUUGAGUGAAGGUGCUGGCGCAUUGGCCCCUGCAGCAGGGAGCAUGGGCAGGAUGCCAGCUCACCCGUUCAAGUCCCACAGACCAGAUGUUCCUUGUCAUGGAGCUCUUGGCCUUUAAUAAAUUGAGUUACUGUAAAUCUGUAAUAGAGCAAGGCAAACAUGGGCACCCCAACUCGCCCACUACACACACAUCCCAGAUAUUCUGACCUCACAGACUUUUCUUAGUGUCCUACAGGUCAACCCCUGGUGAAGGGGCCAUGUACCAGCUACUGAACCUGCCAAUUACUUUCCAACCUUCACAAGAGGACGGAUGUUUUUCUUCCCCUUUGCCCCCAACCCGCACUCUAACUAUAGAAAAUGUCAUUCAUGCUUCUAGACUAUAUAAUCACCAGUAUUCUGACCUUCAGUCCUUGAUCUCUUUCAGGGACCUGACCCAAAGAGAAAUGUAUUUUGAGAUGUUAUGGUUUAUCAUAAACUCAUGGCGUUAGGUUUAAUGAUUGUGUUAGGGCAAAUGUGCUUAUCAGGUUUGCCUGUUUUAUGUCGCCAAUUAUCGGGGUGCAGUUGCUCGUCUGUUAGACUGUUCCGAUAACUGAUCCAGUCAGCUGGGCGAUAUGGUUGAAAUCCUUAUCACAAUACUGACAAGGAUGUUUGCUCUUAUUAAUAUUUAUCAAAUAAAAUAAUCAAACUCAUGUUCAAAGCAAUACACUGUGUCUCACUGCUUUGCGUUACAUGACACCAAACACGUGUAAUAUACCAGUUGUUUUGUUUUGUUUUUGAUAGCAACAUGUUUAAAAUGAUUAAUUUAGAAAGCAGAAAUUUGUAGAAUAAUAACAUAAUAAGAUCAUAUCAUCACAGUAUGAUUCUGCUGAAAGGGGAUAAACAUUAUUGAAUUAUGACCUAGCCCUAAUCCCCUGUGUUUAAGUAUGGUUGAAUGUGUGUUCUGCAAACACACACUGCAUCUGCUGUUGCCACUACCAGACUUGAGGCAUGGGUCAUUUACCCAGGUAAGAGCAGCCAGUGUUUUUGGAAGUCAUCUGAUCUGCUGCAAGAAAAAUAAAAAUAAAUGCCUCUGUGCUACUGAAAGGGUCAGGAAGAAUGUUCCCUGUGCAGUCUUGCUUAGAUUUACAGCGCCUCUGAGGAUGGCUCUGAUCUGGCAGUGGUCAGUUUGCUUUGAAGAGAAGUGUACCGCAAGUGAAUCACUUUGAACCUGGACUGAGCUGAGCCUGAGGGAGACCCAUGGUCCCACCUGAGUGGAACAGGACAGUAAAUCUAAAGGCAGCUCAGUUUUUGCAUUGUGACCAUUUGUUGCCUCCCAUAUCCCCUGGUCCAACAGUUCAACAACUAUGGUUUGGUUCCAGGGUGGCGUCAACGCUUUUACGUGCUAGCAAGCCUGGAUCAUUUCCACAGCAAAUGAAAGUGGAAGUCCAUAUCUUCCUGUCUUUUUUCCCACUCCCUCUUUCCAUUCUCUGACUUAGCAAGUCCUUGUAAUAAAAUACAAGGACCAUUUUGGUUCCAUAGGUUCUUUUAAACUUGUACAUGGCUUUUUCUUCUAGAUUUUUUUUUUUGGCAUUUCUGCUUUAUUAGAUAGACACGGUAGAGAAAGGCAGGGGGGAGAGAGAGAGGGAAUGACAUGCAUCUAAUGGCCCUGACUGGAUUUGAACCCAGGCCGCUGCGGUAAGGACUCAGCUUUGAUACACGGUACGUGCUCUGCCAGGCGAGCUACCGUACGCCCUGGAUUUGUUUCUAAGCCCUGCUGCAUGGACUGCAUGGGUCUUCACACUCCUGCAUGCACCUGCAAACCAUUGCAGUUACAUAAUUGUAUAAUUACAAUUAUGCACAGCUCCUUAUUGAUGAUUGGCUAGUUGGUCUUUGGUACCCCUGAGCCGAUUGCUUCCUUUUCUGCCUCCUCCAAAAACAUACUGGCGAGUGACGAAGCAAGUAGAAAACAACAACACAUGUACAAUGGCACAAUGCAGUCAUUGUGAGACUUUUAGUCUCAUGCACGUGCAUCUUUUCCUGCUUUUGUUGACUUCAAGAGCAACCUUCCUGUGUGCUUGCUAUAGAUUUGUCCACAGCACCCACUACAGUGUUGGAGAACAAUGACAGCUCCCGCAAGGAAGAGAGUGCAAGUAUGUACAUGAAUUGUUGCGGACACAAGAUGGGGCAGGGUUUGGCAUGGGGACCAUGCUGAGCCUUUCAUACUUCUCUCUCUGUGUUGUGCCACCUACUAGCUAUCCUAACAAAAAUCAGAGGCGAGUCCUGAAGUCCUCACUUCAACAAAGGUGGUAGUGUCAUGUGCCUCACCUACAGCUAAUACUUUCACUGAACAGGUGAUCAGGUCAUUAUCUACCUUGGGUAAGGCUUGUGGACAGUAAUCCCCUCAGAUUGAAAACCUUGGGUCCAUUGCCCAAGGUGUUACAGCCUUGCUUAAAUAGGCUUUAGGUUUUACUUGCUGGCCAGUGGGCUGUUUCAUUUGACACCUCCUACAGUUUGUGGUGCAAUGUUUGUUUUUUUCACAGGCUUCCCAAGUGUUCCCCUCUUGGGGACCUCCAGGCUUUCUCAUGCCUUUAAGGCUUUUUAGGUAAGCCGGAAAAGCAAACAAAGGCAUAUCUAUUAUAUGGUAAGUGAAUCUCACAUUACCCUCCCAUAUCAAUGCAGUCGCCAGUGUGGGCCUUUCCAAGUGACUGAUAUUUUCACAGGGGCCAACAUGUCAAGGGAUGGUGUAACUGAUUGUCUUGGAUAUUUGAGUAUGCCACUUUCCCUAGUUCAGAGACCCCCUAAUGCUUUCUUUUGCAGUUAUAUAACUUACUCGUGUGGUGAGGUUUUGACACAUGACAGUGAAGCAGGAUAUACAUGUGGUCAUGGUACAUAUAUGACAAGGGCAUUAGAGGCCAUAUUGUCAAUUGAGUGACUGAGGCAGUUAUUUUAAGGCUAAUACUAUAUUAAAAAUUCCCUUCUAAAAUACCUAAUGCCUCAAUAUACAGUAUGUGAAGAUGUGUUUGGCCGCUUUAUGCUGCUUUUCCCAUAGGUCACUUUAUGCACACAUGCUCUUAAAUAGCCUUUGAUCAAAGGAGGUUAUUUUUGUUGAAAAGGGAUCCCUGCUGAAGUUUAUCCAAAUGAAAACCUCAAGGCUGAAAUCACUGGUUCUCCAAUGAGUUUAUUGAGUAAAGCUCUCCUUGCUCCACAGAGGAGUUUUGAUAGUUGCCUGCAGGAAAGCAGUGUUUGAAGGAUAACUUAUCUGUUUGAGUAAGUAUUUUUAUCAGCUCCUCUUUAUGUUUUGGCUUUUCUAAACAUGGCUGAAAGGCAAAAUCUUCUCAAGUGAACGUUUCCUGUUCUUCCCUUUUACGAUCUUAUUACUUAAACAGGAAGAGAUUGUUAGUAUUAUUUGAUAUUAUUGAAUUUAGUUUCGAUAUUUUUCUCAGACUUUUGGAACCUGAGGCAAUUGCAAGAGCCAGACUCUUGCCCUAGAUUAGAAAUUGAGAGUUGACAGCACAGGUCAUUUAACUUUCUUUUAUGAUACUGAUCUGCUGUAGGAGUGUAUCCAACAAACCUGCGUCUGUUCCAUCUGGCUUUGCUGUUAACCUCUGCAAGAAUGCUAGAACUGACUUUAGAUUUCCCAAAUAUGUGUACAUAGCGCAAGACCGUUGAACCACAUUAAGUCUUUUGAUCAGAAAGAUCCUGAACAUGGCAUGUUGUGCCUUGGACCUCUGCCAUUGCACCCUUGAGAAAGGCACUUAAUCUGAAUUACUCGGCACAAACUCGACUGCCAAAAUGACUAUAGGAAACAUACAGGGUACAGAUAAAAUAAUGAGAAUGCUCCAUGGAAAAUUACUUCAAUUUCGAAUUGUACUGGCUGCAUGCCAGUAACCGGUACUAGACAGCUGCCUGUGUAAUGUAAGUGUCUGUGACAUUGUUCGCAAAAAGGCAUUUGGCAGUUUGUCUAUUUGGCAUAUGUUGUCAGUUUCUCUCAACAAUUUAAAUAAAUGUUCUUUUUUUUUUAACCAAUACAUGUACAGUCAUUACAAUUGCCAUCUUUGGAGCUGUUUUCUUUGUUUUCAUGAUGCUGGUGAUACCACAAUCAACAGGUUAAAUCUUAAGUUUAACUAUAAAUAAAUUCCUACACUGUGUACAUAUGAUAAUUGGCCUGCUGGUCAUCUUGACAGAGAAGCACAGAGUCCAUCUAAAUUGAACUGCCUAUCAGAAUCAGAAUCAGAAAUACUUUAUUGAUCCCCAAAGGGAAACUCUUUGUUACAGCAGCUCGCCUUUACAUCAGUGCACACAGGAGA